AUGGCGCCUCGUAAAUGGACAACGUCCGAGCAGGAGGUGUGGCUUGAACCGUGGUACCAAAAGUUCGCCGAAAAGCAGAGUGACAAGAGUAGAAACCACAAAAACUUCUUCGCGGACCUUUAUGAAAAAUGGUUCGAGGAAUUUCCAGAGCCUCGACCAAAUCAUAUCACCAAAUUGGGGCCGUUAACGCUGGAAGAACACAACGACGCAACUGACAUACGAAAAGCCAAAUUACAUACGCGAUUUAAAAAUAAUUUCAGCGGUUCAAAGGUGGGGCGACAGGCGAAAGCCAAUGCCAAUGACAUCUUUGAUGCUGUGGUGCGGAAAAUAACUGAAUGCGAAAAACCUACACGAAUGCUUCAGGAACACAAAGCAUACUCCAAGUUGUACUAUGCUGAUCAUGUUCAGAAAUCCAUCCAAGAGACGCUGAAGGUCGCACAAGCAACACAAUCACUCACCAAUGGUCAGCGAGUAGCGCUUGUGAAAAAAGAGACUGCUGCUCUGUAUGCAGGCGAGUCCGAGGAUAUCAAGGCUAAGGUGAAGGAGUAUAUCCACGCACAGAAGGAAGAGCGCGGUAAGGAAAAAGCUGAGCCUUGGAGUGAUGAAGAUCAGCAGCAGCACGUCCUGCUCAAGAAUCUUACCAAACUGGCCACCGUCGCAAAUCAAUUCCUAAAAGGCCUCGCUGAUGCGACCGGCCUAUCCUUCAGCCUUCUUAUUGGGGGUCCAUCCGUCGAGCUAGGUGGAAUGAUUGAUGUCUGGAGCUUCCACGUCGGGAUGACGAAGCUGGGCAACAAUUUUAGCCAGGCUUACCCUAAGUUCGAGAGUGAGAUAGUGGGCCCGUUCCAAGACUAUCUGUAUCGUGUGUAUCGUAAAUGUUAUUUCUUAUCAGACACCUUGGACAAAAAGGCUUACUGUUUUGCUAACAGCGGAGGCUGCAGCACUCAAAGACCGGAAGAUGGGGGGAGCAAGCAGCUCCAGUUCGUUGUGGGGAGACAGCUUGAAUCAACCGUCAUAUCCUGCGUCAGAUAUGAUGGACAACUGUCCAACCGGGAUACAUCUUUGUCAGGCACGUUUCGAUUACCGGAUCUAUCCGAGUUUCCUUCUUCGUCAAAUGGCCCGGAUUUAUCCGAGUUUCUGCCUUCAUCAAAUGGCCCUGGGUCUCCUACACCCUUCAGCUCUCACAAUGUUCUCUCUGGCGACAAUCAACAAGACUGGCCGCUGUCCGAUGACCUCAACGACUUCCUCGAGACAUUGGCCCAGAACCUGCCAAUGUCGGCUGUUGACCACUUGAUGUCACACGUUCCUCCUUCGCUUGAGGCGCCUUUCAUUCCUGCGGUUCUGGCCGCAGCUGAAACACUCUGCAAUCCCCUUCCCGCAGCUGAAACACUCUGCCAUCCCCUUCCACCAGUUUCUCCCCGUUCUGUCCAUGGUGUUUCUAUUUCCACACCUGAGCCGUUUGAUGGUGUGCCCUCAGCCGACUCACUUCCUAGUGGAUUCACGCACCCAACUGCACACCUCCCCGGAAACGCAGAGGAGCCCAACAGCGACAGGCCAGAUGCACACCCUGCAUCUUCAGUGGAAGAAGACCCUACAGAGGACUUGUGCCCUUCAUCCAUCCCGACCUGCACUCCCCCUUCAGCAGACUCAUGCUCUCCAUCCAUCCCGACCUGCACUUCCUCUUCGGCAGACUCGUGCCCUCCAUCCAUCCCAUCCCACACUUCCCCUUUGGCAAACAUUGCGAAUGAGGCUCAAGAAAACGAGGUUCAAACAGAGGCUCAAGCGGACGAGGGGAAUGACAGCGGCGGACCCCGUAGAACAAGGCGCGCGCACAUCCCAUCUACACACAACACCAUCAGCAACUCGAUCGGCAACUCAUUGAACCUGGCUUCAAAAUGCAGCCAUGGUACUGAUUCAUCCACUCGUGUGGGCCAGCAAACAAAAAGACCAAGGGUGUGA